GUUAUUCCCAUAUACAAGGUGCUGUUGGGAACACAGAGGAAGUGACUGACUGGGGGUUCAGGGAAGGCUCCGUAGAAGAGGGAACACUUGAGCUGGGUCUUGAAGGAUGAGUAGAAGUUCACCAAGUGGGAAAGGACACUCUAGGAUGGCCGAGCCUCGAUUUAACAACCCUUACUUCUGGCCCCCUCCUCCCACCAUGCCCAGCCAGCUGGACAACCUGGUCCUGAUUAACAAGAUCAAGGAGCAGCUGAUGGCGGAGAAGAUCCGGCCGCCUCACCUGCCGCCCACAUCGGCCUCAUCUCAGCAGCCGCUGCUAGUGCCGCCUGCACCCGCUGAAAGCAGCCAGGCUGUCAUGUCGCUGCCCAAGCUGCAGCAGGUGCCCGGGCUGCACCCGCAGGCAGUGCCACAGCCGGACGUGGCACUGCACGCACGGCCGGCCACCAGCACUGUUACAGGUCUGGGGCUCUCCUCUCGGACCCCGGCUGUGAGCACGUCCGAGUCAAGUGCAAGCACGGGCACCGGCACAGGCACGGGUACCAGCACCCCGUCCACACCCACCACCACCAGCCAGAGCCGGCUCAUCGCCUCGUCCCCCACCCUCAUCUCAGGGAUCACCAGCCCCCCCCUCCUGGACUCCAUCAAGACAAUCCAGGGCCACGGCCUGCUUGGCCCCCCCAAGUCUGAACGUGGCCGCAAAAAGAUCAAGGCAGAGAACCCAGGGGGUCCCCCUGUCCUUGUUGUCCCCUACCCCAUCUUGGCCUCAGGCGAGACUGCCAAGGAGGGCAAGACAUACAGAUAUAGGAGCUUCCAUCCCCAAAUUGGAGGGUGCCCCGGCCGGGAGCCUGCUUUCUUUCCCAGUGGAUCUGUGUCCCCUGGACUCCUGACAGGCAAGCUCUGUUCCAGGUGUAAGGUGUGCCCGCUGACCUUUUUCACCAAGUCUGAGAUGCAGAUCCACUCCAAGUCGCACACAGAGGCCAAGCCCCACAAGUGCCCGCACUGCUCCAAGUCCUUUGCCAACGCCUCCUACCUGGCCCAGCACCUGCGCAUCCACCUGGGUGUCAAGCCCUACCACUGCUCCUACUGUGAUAAGUCCUUCCGACAGCUCUCCCACCUCCAGCAGCACACCAGAAUCCACACAGGUGACAGACCCUACAAGUGCCCACAUCCAGGCUGCGAAAAGGCUUUCACUCAGCUCUCCAACCUCCAGUCUCACCAGCGCCAGCACAACAAGGACAAGCCCUACAAGUGUCCCAACUGCUACCGGGCCUACUCAGACUCAGCAUCCCUGCAGAUCCACCUCUCAGCCCACGCCAUCAAGCAUGCCAAGGCCUACUGCUGCAGCAUGUGUGGGCGGGCCUACACCUCGGAGACCUACCUGAUGAAGCACAUGUCCAAACACACGGUGGUGGAGCACCUGGUGAGCCAUCACUCACCCCAGAGGACCGAGUCUCCCGGCAUCCCGGUGCGAAUCUCCCUCAUCUGAGCCCACCUGAGGCGCCGCCCCGCCUGGCCACUGGCAGACCCAGACCCGGGCAGCACCAGGCCCCGACUCCUACUGGGGCCCUCCAGGAACCGCUGAGCUCUCUCAUGACUUUCCCAACCUGCCAGGAAGCUUGGUCCGCAGAAAGCCCUGCUUGGUUCAACUCCUGGGGCAGCCAGGCCAACUACAAGAUUCUGGACUGUUUUGGUGGCAUCCAAAGACGAUCUCAGAGCACUUUGAACCUGUCUGUUGGGUUUUCUUUUUGUUCCCCACCCUUCACUUGCUUCACUGUUUUUUGUUUUUUAAGUUUGUU